UUAAAUAAUUUACUUUUAAUACAUUUUAAUCAUAACAACUAAAUGAGAUCCACAUAAAAAACCUGAAUAAACAGAGAAAUGAAGUUUAUAAAAACACAUACAAAGAAGAGUCAUAAUUAUAUAUUCUUUUGAUGAUUAUAAUUUGAUAUCAGUUUGGAAAAAUUAUUCAGCCAUGAAGAUCUUCUACGUUGCAUUAUUUUUAUCGCUAUUAACAAUUGUCACUUCAUCAGAUCACAAUUCAGAUCCUGAUGAAACGAUUUCUGAAUCGGCUUCAGAAUCUUCUGAGAACGAAAACGAUGUUGCUUAUUACUACUACUUGUGGAUCGGGGAUGACGUUCAUACGAAAUACAAAAUUAGACUGACAUCUCCUCCAGGAAGUCAUUUCAUUGAUGCGAUGUAUCAAGCAGCGGAAAAGAAUCAGCACUACGCAUUUGACUUCAUCCAAUAUGAUUUCGGAAAGUACAUUACAACAAUCGCUGGUGUUGCAAACAAUGAUGAAACUUCUCAAUAUUGGUUGAUCUACAACCUUCCAUGGAGUCCUAAGAAAAACAAUCCUCCUGGAAUCAACGAUCUUUCUCCUGUUGGCGUUGAUGAUAUUGUAGUUAAUCUUGGAUAUCAUUAUCUAUUUUGGUAUCGUACUGUCAAUGUUGAAGAUCAUUAACAACACUCCUUCAAAUUAUAAAAGAUUUGUUCAAUGCUUUAUCUAUUUAAAUAUAUAUUUAGAUAAAUGACUUCAACAUCGUUUGAUAAAAGAAAUUUUUUAUCUCUUUUUGUUUUAAAUUGAACAAAAAAUAAAAAGAAAACAUUGAGUUGAAUCAUUUAUUUACAUUUCUACAACUGUUUUUUCGAGAACAUCAAUGAUAAUUCGCAUUCUCUUGUUUUAGUGACUAAAUAAUUGUAUUGAUAUUGCAAAUGAUACAAUAAGAAGAAUUUAAUGAUGAA